AUGAAGGAGAUUCCCCACUACUCUAAGUUCCUAAAAGACCUAUUGAAUUGGAAGAGAGAAGUUGAAACCGUAAACUUGACAGCAAAUUGUAGUGUCAUUCUCUCUAGCAAGAUCCCAACAAAAUUGCAAUAUCCUGGUAGUUUUUCCAUUCCUUGUUCCAUUAAUGAGAUUCACUUAGGAAAGGCGUUGUGCGAUCUAGGUGCUAGUGUAAUUCAUAUGCCCUUCUCGGUCUACCAAAAGCUCAAUGUAGGAAGUCUUUCACCUACCAACAUCACCCUCCAACUAGCAGAUAGGUCCACUAAAUUGCCCAUACGGAAAGUUGAGGAAAUACCCCUUAGAGUUGGUAAGUUCACAUUUCCGGUGGACUUUUAUGUUCAAGAGAUGGAUGAGGAUGAGAGGAUUCCUAUAAUUUUGUGUAGACCAUUUCUAGCUACCUCUAAAGCAAUCAUUAAUGUUAAAGAAGGUAAAAUGACUUUGAAGGUUGAUAAUGACUCUAUUGAAUUUGAUUUGAACAAUGUCAUGAAACAACCUUCCGCAAGUAAUGAAUGA